AUGGCUGGCACCCGUGACGACAAGGUCACUGCUAUUGGCCGGACUGACAGCAAUGAUUCGAUCAUCCUGAUGACCUCGUCUGAGUCGGCGACGAUGGAGCUUAUUCGGGAGAGUCCUGGCGAUCUCUUUGACGCGCCUAAUGGCGCUGCCUUAAUCCAUGCGUGCAACUGCCAGGGUCUUUGGGGUGCAGGGCUUGCUCGUAAAUUCCGUGACCGCUACCCUGCCGCCUACGAGAUCUACCGCAAGCACUGUCUUCAGGGCCUUGAGAAGCCUGUCACCCAUCUGAUUCCCAAAUUGAGUGACGAGGAAUCACACCCCUCGCUGAUUGUCCAGCAACCCCUCGGUACCGCACUUAUUAUCCCGCCUCAGCAGAGUGACUUUGCCCUCCACCGACGUCGUCAUUGGAUAAUUUGCCUUUUUGCGUCGAAUCAUUAUGGUAGCCGUGUUGAUUCGGAGGAAAUGAUUCUUAACAGCACUUUUGCUGCCCUACGCCACAUGAGGGAGCAACUGCAGGGUUCUUUCUAUUCAUCUUCCCAACCCGAUAACGACCGGCCUAUGGGCUUCUAUUCCAGCCGUUUCUGCACUGGUUUGUUCAAUAUUCCCUGGGAAUGCAUUCGCGAUUUGAUCGUUAGGGUCGGUGUGCCAAUCAAUGUGUACCACCCGUUUGAGCCCAACACUCGCCGCGCACGCCCUCUGCCUCUACAGCGACCUGCCGAGGCUCGCCAGAACUAA